AUGAUUCACUAUCGUCAGGACCCGUGGCUCGGGUUCUGCAUCCUGCUGCAGCCACACGGGUCGGUCCUCCUUUGCGCAGUGCCGCGAGCUCUCAUCGCCGGCCUGCUCACUUGGCUUCUCAUGGCCUACGGCCCCAGCUCCACAGGGGGAGGCGCUGAAAUCAUGUGGAGUCCUACGCUGUUCAACUUCUUCCUUUCGCUCGCCGCGCUUGUGCUCGCCUUCCACACCAAUCAAGCCUACCAGCGGUUCUGGGAGGCUCGCUCUCAUGUUCAGACAAUGGCGAGCUGGUGGGCGGACGCGGCGAGCAGCUUCGUCGCCUUCGAUGAGAUGCAUGGCCGCUCGAUAGGCGAGUUCGCCUGGGGGGCAGACUGGCGCGCGCGAAUGCUCCAUCUUCUCAGUCUGCUGCACGCGGUCUCGAUUCAGUACCUACUGCACAACGACGCGGAGCGAACUCAGCUGGAGGUGCUGGGCGGAAUGGACGCCUUCGAGGCGAAACUGCUGAGUCUGACUGACGAUCAGACAUACCUCGUGAUGCACUGGAUCAUCCAGGAGAUGAUGCAGCGCGUCGUACUUGAGCCGAAGGGCCUCGCUGUUCCACCUCCAUGUUACUCGCGUGUUCAGCUGCAGCUCUCCAAUGGAAUGCUGGCCUUCAAUUCUGCGUGCAAAAUCGAAGACACGCCUUUUCCGUUCCCCUACGUUCAGCUCGUGCAGCUCAUGGACUGGUUCAUGACGCUUGCGUGCCCGGUCGUUAUUGCUUCCUGGAUGAUUCAUAUGCCCUUUGCAAUCAUCCUCUCCGCCGUCGCUGUGGGGGCGUUCCAUGCCACCUUCGCAGCUGCAUGCGCUAUGGAGAGCCCCUUUGGCCGCCAGUCCAAUGACCUCCCUCUCGUCGAGCUACACCGCGAUUUCGUAAAUCGCCUCAAGUCGAUCGUUGACACGCACGUCGCCGCGUGCUUGAAUAACAUGAUUCUGAAAGUUGAACUCCCAGAAACCCAGGACUACGAGAGUGUCAAGGAAGAACCCGUCGCCGAGUCUCCCUUGUCGAAGAUUCGGUCGAAGCUCCACAUCUACGGAGGCGGCGCGCGUUACAACGCUCUGUCCCCUGAGCAUCCGCCGCACACGCACCUGAAGGGUCAGGCGGCGAACCCUCAUCGAGCCGGCCGGGGGCCGCGCGAGCCCCGCGGGUCAGAAGGCCCCGUUUCGCGGGUCCACAGACUGCCUCUUUAUCCCAAGAUCAUGCGGCGACGGCGGCGGGGCCCAGCGCUGCCGCACAGUCAGAGCCACCGACACGUGGCGGCGGAAGAAUGGCAGAAGGAGUGGCAGCAAGAGUGGGAAGACGCCGACAGCGACGCGGCGGAGGAGCGCGCCUGCGGCGAAGAGCGGGCGGCGAGCGGCGCCAGUCGCCCGCCGGGACGCAGGAAGCGAGCGGGGGGAGGCGACGCGCAGGACGCCCAGCCGCCGCGCGGCAGUAAAGGGUCAGCGGCUGGCAGCGUGAGGGGGUCGAGCGCGACCCCCUCGUUCUCCCCUCGCGUCGCGCCGGAGGACGUGCCGUCGUCCACGCUGGACGGAGCGAGAGCUGGGGCCGCCUUCUUUUUGGACUCUGACGACGCAGGCCGCGAGAGAGAUCUUUUCAGCAUUCCUUACAGAGUGGGCGGCGCAGAUGUCGACGCUAGAAGAGCGUCCGGCGCCGCUUCAUCGUGCGCAGCCUCCGUCGCGGGGACUGGAGGUCCACAGUUGGAGAGGCAGUCCGUCGAGAUGCUGUGUGAGUUGGGCUCGCUGUCCCGCGGGCUCUCCAGGCGGCUUGACGGCAGAAGCUCGACACGCAGACAGGGGUUUUUCAAAACAGUCCUCAUGAAAAUCGGAUCCAAAUCUGUAAAAGGAAACCAGGCCGCCAGCGGCCCUCCCCCAAAGCCGGGAGACAACGGGGCGAGAGGCGACGCGGGCAGGCACGCGUCGCUGCGAGCCGAAGAGAACUUCGCGCCUUUCCACAGUUUGGCUCGCUGCGAGGGCGGAGCCGUUCCCUCCCGGCGGCCGAGCGAAAUCGUUGGCAGCCCUGUCCCCCGCCCUGCAGUGCCGGUCAACGUCCCCGGGUUCCCACCCCUGGGAGCAGAGGCAGCGGCAGGCCUAGCUACGUCCUCGCGCCGUGGGUCGGACGCCAGCAUUCGUACGCAGGGGUUUGCGGCAGGCGAUAAAACUGAAGUUUCGCGAGUGAAGCAACCCGAAAAGAGCGGCCAGGACGACACUCGAAAGCGGACGAAGCUCGUCUUCGAUCCGGCUGUUUCGCCGGCGGCGAUGAUGGAAGAAGAGGCGGCGCGAGAAAGAGCGACGCCUCGCCACUCGAGUGGAGUCUACUCCCCUGCUGGGACGGUCCCUGCGACCGAGUUUUCGUCUCUUGCUGCGACGGACGACGACGCAGCCGGACUAGCGCGUGUCGAGCAGCCGCGACUUCAAGGGCGGCUGUCCGACGACCGGCUGUCUCCAACUGAUUCCCCCGUUGCCGAUGUGGGGGCAUCGAGAAGGCCGACUUUCAUCAGUAUCGAAGAACCUCUGCCCGUGACAGCAGUCCGGCGGAUUGGUGGGCCCACUCACACGAUCACCCCUGCGGAAAUCGCUGCCAAGAUGACAAAGCCGUUCCGAGAGAAAGAUAAGGACUCAACGGGGUAA